UAGCAUUGAAAGCAGAUUCUUCUAAUUUUCAUCGAAGAAAAAUUAGCUGUCGCGAAACAUAGAUUUUGAAGGAUGAUUCCAUUGGAUUUGGACGUAUGCCAGAAGGCAUCUCGCUAUGCAACCCGGGUUUGCCAAGAAAUGACUAAGCGGUCUUCCUUAAUCAAGGAUCUCAAGAAGGAUUGCGUCCCCUACUUUGAACGGGAUGAAAUCAUGCCAUAUUUAGGCGACAAACUCGGGAAGGGAGGGUUCAACAGCGUUUACGAACUCGAAAAGAUUGAACUCGACGAAACGUCUCCUGUCAAUGACGACCAGCGGAAACAGCGAUCCUUCGUCACACAAAACAUCGACCAGAAGUUACUGGCUGUGAAGUUUCUGAAUGAGUCUGCAAUGUCCAACUCCAACGAAUUUUGCAACGGCGCAGCAGACUUACUUUUGGAGGCCAAAUAUUUAAGUGCCAUAAGCAACCAUCCUCACCCAUCCAUCAUAAGCUUGCAUGGCGUGGCAGCCGCUGGAGCAGCUGGCUUUGCUACCGGUCAAAUGGGUGGAUAUUUUUUAGUGGUGGACAGGUUGUACGAUACGUUGGAUAAACGCAUCGACAUUUGGAAAGAACUCAAGCGAAGAAAGCUUCGACAUCCGUCUCCGAGUAACGUCAAACUCCUUCAGGCGAUGUUCUUGCAGCGAUUGCACGUUGCUACCGAUAUUUGUGGCGCCAUUCGGCAUUUGCAUAGCCUGAAGAUCGUAUUUCGGUAAGGGAUCAUUGUGGUACUAUUAUACUGUGGUGCUACUUUUGAAAUGUUGUUGUUGGUAUUGUAGAUUUCCAAAGUGGGCGAUAGCUUGGUAGCAUCGUGAUAUUGAAAUGGUACUGCAAUUUGACUAAAAACUUUUGUCAUAUUUGCUUUUUUCCACAAUAACACAACGGCAAUACCAUAUUCGCAAACUAUAACCAUGUCCUGAAAUCUACUAAAGCGACUUGAAACCUGACAACGUAGGCUUUAACUUUGAGGGGCGC